AUGCGUGGCCUAAUGCAUGUUUUGUUUUACGUCUCCCUAUUAAUUGUCGUUAAAGGUUCCCUAAGCCGUGGGGGCCUAGCUGACGGAAGCUUAAAAUGCGUCACAUACGAGUGUAAAGACGGAGAAUGCAAAGAAGGCAUUGAUGAGUGUGGUAAUAAUGAUCCCGAACGACCUGUGGGUUGCUUCGUAGUUUGGACAACGAACAACAUAACUAAUGAAGUGAACGUAACAUUGAAAGGUUGUUUUACAAAUCCCACGGAAUGCAACAAUACCGAAUGUAUAGAUACGACGACAGAAAUGAAGAAAAAUUUGAAAUAUUGCUGCUGUCGUGAAAGUAUGUGCAAUAAGGAACAUAAAUGGGUUCCAGUAGCGACAAAGGCACCGGAGGUGCUACAAUCCUCCGAGGCCGAGUCGGACAUAAUGGUUGUAAUGUUGUUUAUAUUAGGUUCUACUGCGUUCGCUUUGAUUGCAAUGGUUGUGUGGUAUUUUACCCAUCGAAAGCAAGUGAUGUUCAAUGAAAUUCCAACGGUUGAGCCGGAUAUUUCAAAUUCUCUGACUAACAUUUCACAUCGUCCGAUUGAUUUGAAAGACAUUAAAGCAAGGGGACGAUUUGGAGUAGUAUGGAGGGCUCAGUUAGGUAAUCAAGAGGUUGCAGUAAAAAUAUUCCCUAUGCAGGAGCGCCAAUCAUGGAUAACAGAGCAGGAAAUAUUCAAGCUUCCGCGAAUGAAUCACCCAAAUAUCUUAGAGUUUAUCGGUUGCGAGAAGCGUAUGGAUAUGGCCAGCACAGACUUUUGGCUUAUUACGGCUUAUUGCGAGAACGGCUCGUUGUGUGACUUUUUGAAAGCUCAUACCGUCAGCUGGAAUGAUUUGUGUAAAAUUGCUACAACGAUGGCACGAGGACUAACACAUUUGCACGAAGAAAUUCAGAGCACCAGGACGGAUGGGCUGAAACCUUCAAUCGCCCAUCGCGAUUUUAAAAGUAAAAACGUUCUACUCAAAGCGGAUUUAACUGCGUGUAUUGCCGAUUUUGGUCUUGCACUUGUAUUCAAUCCAGGAAAGUCUUGCGGCGAUACACACGGGCAGGUGGGUACACGCCGAUACAUGGCUCCGGAAGUAUUGGAGGGUGCAAUCAAUUUUACUCGUGACGCCUUCUUGCGAAUUGACGUAUAUGCUUGCGGACUUGUACUGUGGGAGCUAGUGUCACGUUGUACCGUCCACGGUGGCCCUGUCGAUGAGUACAGACUGCCAUUCGAAUCGGAACUAGGUCCACAUCCAACACUGGAGGAAAUGCAAGAGAAUGUAGUAAUGAAAAAGAUCCGUCCUCGUAUCUUUGAUCCAUGGCGGCACCAUCCGGCACUGACUGCAAUCUGCGAAACGAUGGAGGAUUGCUGGGAUCAUGAUGCCGAGGCAAGAUUAUCUUCUUCUUGUGUACUGGAAAGACUGUCCCAAUAUGCUCGGUUUCCUACAAGACAGUUUUUUGUCGCCACUAACACCACUAACGAAUUACCGACAAAAUUAGCAUCAGAAAGCCUUUGAAAGCCGACCAUCCGAGAAGAAAUUACUAUGUGAUGAAGUAAAAAAUGCGCGAGCAAUAGAGUACGCAAGAUGUAUUACGAGUAAUUCUUCGGUAUACAAUCUGAAGGAUUUGGAAAAAGUAAGAGGAAAUGCCUGAGUUAGGCAUAAUUUUAUUACAAU